AUGCCCGACCCAGCGGAUUCAGAAUGGUCUAAAUCCUUCGCAUCCGGCCCAACCAUGUCGUUACUUGCGUGCAAAUCCCAGUGCCUCCCCGGUGACGCGGCUGCCUCAACCCUGCUUGAUGACGAUGCGCAGGCCGACUCGUCCGGUCGCAGAUAUAUCGGCGCGCCUCAGAAUGUUGCAAUUGACCGGCUGGUGAAAUUAAAGCAGGAGCUUCGAACCUUGGGAUCAGAAAAGUUCUGGCACCACCUGAUGGAACAGAUAAGCUCGAUCUGCGACGCUCAGUAUGUGUUUGUUGCUCGCAAAGCCCGGGACGACGAGUCUGUCAAUGAAAUCGGAGGCCACAAGCCCUAUCUAUUCGGCACGGCAUUCUAUUACAAUGACGGAUACCAAACCGCGGGCAUGCACCGACACCGAUAUUUUGCCGGCGGUAAUCCUCUGUCCCAUAUGGAUCAUGAGAAGCCGUGUCUAAUCCCGGAGAAUCUUGGCUCCUUCAUAUCGUUCGAUCACGAUCAGCUACCGUUCGCCGCCGAGGGCUAUUUGGCUGUCCCACUUUUUUCAGAAACUAAAUGUCUCGCGUAUCUUGGUCUGAUGUGGUCGGAGUCUGGUUUGAAGAAGCGGAACUUGGCGUGGUCAUUUCUCGAAAUGAUCCUGUAUUCAUUGGAAGAUCUGGUAGUUCAGCGUAUCUGGGACGAUCUAGACAGUGCAAAAACACAGCCGUCAAGCAACAAGGCUCGAAAUAUCUCCACGAGCCACACGAUCGUUGACGAUGCACACAUCAGCAUUCCUCAUGGACUAGCCGACUUUGCCUCACACCCUUUGAAGCCAUAUGCUCGGAGCUUGUCCCACGAGCUCCGGACGCCAAUGCAGGGUGUCGUCGGGAUGCUGGACGUUAUGCAUGCUACAGUCCGCGAAGCUAUUCAGGACAAACCAUCUCCGAAGGCGGGAUACGUCUUCCGGACCCUCAAGGAGAGUAUAGAGAUGGUUCAAGAUAGUGCAAGACGGGCAGUCGAAGCAGCCGACAAUGUCGUCCAUGCCUACGACCUGAACAUGCAGGUUCCCAAGACGCCACAGCUCGAGCGAGACGAUUGCUUUGGUGGACCAGUCCAGUCCCCAAUAACUGCAUGCGACAGUCGACCGAGCGUCUUUGUCGAAGGGAGCAGCAUCGCGGUCAACCCGUACAAACGGCGACGGAGCAACCCGCCCGAAUGGAAUAUUGGUACAACGCCGAAGCAGAAGAUCUCACGCGUCGUCUCGCCCAAGGGCCUGUCCCCACGUAGCGAGGAAGUCAAGAAUGCUGUUCAUGAGAGUGAAAAACUGAUGAAAGCCACUCCGGUUCAUCAAAUAGAAGCAGUAAUGGCUAACAUGGUGAAUCCCCGUCCAUCCCUGGCGGUGCGGCGCUCGGCACCGCAUCUUCUAUUGGAAGGCAUCAACGUCAAUGCCGUGCCUGCGCUGAGGUUCACCAAGCUGCGCGAUCUGCUCCGUCUCGUGAUCAAUGAGUCCUUGCACGUUGGCGGACGACCCGACUUUGCUGUGAGCAAUGCGACCGAGACGGGGGAGAAAAUUGAGAUCCGGUCACGGUCAUCCAACGGCGAGGUGUUCUCGAAGACCAUCAAUUGGUCGGUGGAUCCUGCGCUACCGGACACACUAUUUGUGGAUGACAGAGACCUGGCCAAGUUGAUCUCGUGCGUUUUCCUCAAUGCGGUCAAGUUCACCAAUAGCGGUGUGAUUACCGUGUGUGCCACCGUUGGCCGCAAGUCCAACGAUGUCCUGAUCGCCGUCAGGGACACUGGGCCCGGCAUCCCCGAGGCCUUCUUGCCCAAACUUUUCAAGCCGUUUGCCCGGGAAGACACCUCCACCACCCGGAGCAAAGAUGGGCUCGGACUGGGCCUCCUCGUAGCAAAGGGCCUGGCUAGGAAGAUGGGCGGCGACCUCACCUGCGUCCGCUCCUGCACCACCGGGCCCGAUCAUGGCUCCGAAUUCGAGAUCAGAAUCCCGGCCAACCAGCCCGAGCCUACGGGACCACUGGCUCCCCCCAACAAACUGCUGACCCCACCCCAGCUCUGUGAUCCUUCGCGUAUGAGCAGUGCGAGCAACUCCACGGUAGAAUCCUCGUUACUGUCGCCCGCCCUCCGGACGCCCAGCCACCCGAUUCAACAGCCGUCGCCCAGCCUGACCGAUGAAUCGACCUUGACCCCUGCGCGCUCAGUACCCAAUUGCAAGUCAAUGCCACGCCAUAUAAAUGGCGACACACAUGACAGCAAACUUGGGGAGAAGCAUCCGCUGACCUUCCUGGUGGCCGAGGACAACAAGAUCAAUCGGCGGGUGUUGGUGCACAUGCUGAAGCGACUGGGCUAUAAGGACGUCUACGAAGCCUGUAAUGGAAAGGAGGCGGUCCGGAUCAUGCAGGACGUGUUGGUCUCCCAGCGCUCUGCAGCGGAGGACUCCCCUAGGUGCGAGAGCACUGCCGAUGGCUUCCCGAUUCCCAAUCUACCGAAUCACCGCAAGAAGAUGAAGCCCGUGGAUGUUGUAUUGAUGGACCUCUGGAUGCCCGAAAUGGACGGAUAUGAGGCCACAUACAAAAUCCUCCAGCUGGUAGACGAAUACCCCGGCCACCCGCCUGCCAUGGUGAUGCCUACAGCCCGUCCGCUGGUGGCUCCGACGGUUCUUGCGGUCAGCGCCGACGUUACCGACGAAGCUCUCAGCCGGGCUUCGAAAGUCGGCAUGAAAGGCUACAUGACCAAGCCAUACAAGCUCUCGGAUCUCGAGCGAUUGAUCCUUGGCUUCUGCAGUGACACCACGACCACCAGACAAUCCGACGACUCGACGACGAAUACAUGA